UCAUCGAUGAUGUCACAAUUCAGUGACUUUCCAGCAACAUGAAGAUUCAGGCUGAAAUUAUUGAACUCUACUAUGCGACCGGAAAAUCCCCUACUUUAGUGAAUGAAAUGUUACGAAAACGUCAUCCAGGUAUGCAGUCCAUCUCCAGGAAGCAGAUUUACAGAAUUGUAUCAAAAUUUGAAGCUCAUGGAUGUGUCAACGAUCGCAGGAAAGGAAGCAGUGGUAGACGGAGGAGCGCUAGGUGCGACGAGAACAUCAGUCAAGUGAAGACCAUCAUAGAGGAAACACCACAGAGGUCCAUCAGAAAGGUACUGUCUGACAUGAACCAACAUCCAAGUAAAUCAUCAGUGCAAAGGAUUCUGAAAUUCGAUCUCAAAUUGACACCAUACAAAAUAUCUGUAAUGCAACACCUGAAAGAAAGUGAUAUUGCGUCGAGAUUAACAUUCACGAACUGGGUGCUGGAACACGACGACAUUUUGGACAGUGUGUGGUUCUCAGACGAGGCUCACUUCACGUUGAGUGCCCAAGUGAACAAGCAGAACAUGAGGUUUUGGGGGACAUCCAAACCAGACUUUUAUGAAGAAAAACCUCUGCAUAGUGACUAGGUAACUGUAUGGGCAGCUUUAAGCAGACAUGGGAUCAUUGGACCCUUUUUCUAUGAGUCGGCAGGCGAAACGGCUACUGUGACGUCAUAUCGAUACCUUCAAAUCCUCAGCAAGAGGUUCAUACCAGCACUGAGGAGAAAAGGACAUGAACUAAAUGGUGUGUGGUAUCAGCAAGAUGGGGCGGCACCCCACACAGCAAAUCGAGUGUUGACCUGGCUAGCAGACACUUUUGGCAAUAGGCUGAUAUCGUUGCGUACUGACAUUGAGUGGCCACCUCAUUCUCCAGACCUGAACCCGUUAGAUUUUUACCUUUGGGGCUACCUCAAGGACCGUGUUUACACUUCUCCUCCAUCUUAUCUCCAAGAACUCAAAACUGCCAUCAACAGGGAAAUCAGGAACAUCCGGC